AUGCCGACUACCGGUGUGGAGGGCUCCGCCGGGAUGCCGGCCGCUCCGUUCUUGCAAGGCAUGGCCCAGCUGCGUCCACCGUCGCAGUUCGACUUCGACAACCCCAGCUCGUGGCCGACAUGGCUGCUGCAGUUCGAGGACUUCUCGCUCGCUUCUGGACUUUACGUCGCUCCGGCUGAGGUACAAGUGCGCUCCAUGCUUCACUGUAUGGACCCGCAAGCGAGGGUUGUCCUCACGUCGACCACGCUAGGCGAGGCGGAUAUGAAAGACGUCGUCGCCGUGAAGAAGGCGUUCACCGACCACUUCGUGCACCCGCCGAACGAGCUGUACGAGUCAGCGCGCUUCCACCGCCGUGCGCAGCAACCAGGGGAAACGGCCAACGCAUUUUUUACGGCGCUCCGGACAAUGGUCGAGUCCUGCAACUAUCCGUCGCCCGACGCCGAAGAGCGGCUCGUCCGAGACCCUUUUCUCGUGGGCUUGCUCGACCGCGAACUCUCGGACAAGCUCUAUCGGAACCCGAAAAUGACGCUGCACGAAGCGCUGACGUACGUUCGUCAGCACGAAGACGCAGGUAACGAGCGCAGGGCUCGUGACUCGGCGGAGGCAUCUUCGUUCACCGUCGACGCCGCUCGCCUUCUCAAGGGAAAGUAA